UGUGUGUGUGAUGCUCCCUGCAGCGGCGGAGGAGAGGAAGAGGAGAGAAGAAGAACUGAAGGUCAUUUGAGAGAAUCUGAGAUUUCGGAUCGAUGAUCGACUCACUGAUCGCUGCGCGUGCACAGCGUAAUGACAUGACACAAGAGCACGGAGCGACAGACGGAUUAGCUGCUGCAUCCAUCCACCUGCCUGUCUCCCUGCCUGCUGCCUGUCUGUCUGACUGAAUCUCCACCAGCAGCAUCCAGAUUCCACACCUGUCUUUCUCUCUCUCGCUCUCUCUCUCUCUCUCUGCCUGUCUCGCUGUCUCUCUAUCUCUCCGUCUGUCUCUGUCUGUCUGUCCACACCUGUCUCUCUCCACACCUGUCUCCCCGCCGUGUGCCGGCCGUGUCUCCGCCAUGGGGAACCGGGGGAUGGAGGACCUGAUCCCGCUGGUGAACCAGCUCCAGGACGCCUUCGCGUCCAUCGGCCAGAACUCGAGCCUCGACCUGCCGCAGAUCGCGGUGGUGGGCGGCCAGAGCGCCGGCAAGAGCUCCGUUCUGGAGAACUUCGUGGGGAAGUUAGUAGUUCUACUGCAGCCAGCCAGCAGGGGGGGUCCAGAUGUCUGGGCUCCCCUGAAGUACGCAGAGUUCCUCCACUGCAAAGGGAAGAAGUUCAUCGACUUCGAUGAAGUUCGUCUGGAGAUCGAAGCUGAAACUGAUCGGAUCACCGGACAGAACAAAGGAAUCAGUCCAGUCCCCAUAAACCUACGAGUUUACUCCCCCCACGUGUUAAACCUGACUCUGGUGGAUCUUCCCGGCAUGACGAAGGUCGCGGUGGGCGACCAGCCGGUAGACAUCGAGCACCAGAUCAAAGAGAUGCUCAUGCAGUUCGUCACCAAGGACAACUGUCUCGUGUUGGCUGUUUCCCCCGCCAACUCUGACCUCGCCAACUCUGACGCUCUGAAGAUCGCAAAGGAGGUCGACCCGCAAGGUCUGAGGACCAUCGGUGUGAUCACCAAGCUGGAUCUGAUGGAUGAAGGAACCGACGCCAGAGACAUUUUGGAGAACAAACUGCUUCCACUACGCAGAGGUUACGUCGGGGUGGUGAACCGCAGUCAGAAGGACAUCGACGGGAGGAAAGACAUCACAGCAGCCUUGCAGGCUGAGAGGAAGUUCUUCCUGUCGCACCCGUCAUACCGACACCUGGCAGAACGCAUGGGCACUGCCUACCUGCAGAAGAUCCUCAACCAGCAACUGACCAACCACAUCCGGGACACGUUGCCGGGGUUACGCAGCAAACUGCAGAGCCAGCUGCUGUCCAUCGAGAAGGAGGUGGAGGAAUACAAGAACUUCAGACCGGAUGACCCGAGCCGAAAGACCAAGGCCCUGCUGCAGAUGGUGCAGCAGUUUGCGGUGGACUUUGAGAAGCGGAUUGAAGGAUCCGGAGAUCAGGUGGACACCUAUGAGCUGUCAGGAGGAGCCAAGAUCAACCGAAUUUUCCACGAACGCUUCCCCUUCGACCUGGUCAAGCUGGAGAGUGAUGAGAAGACUCUCCGUAAAGAGAUCAGCUACGCCAUCAAGAACAUCCACGGAAUCAGGACGGGUCUGUUCACACCUGACAUGGCGUUUGAGACGAUCGUGAAGCGUCUGAUCGCUCAGAUCAAAGAGCCGUGUCAAAAAUGUGUCGACAUGGUGAUCAACGAGCUGGUCAACACCGUGAGGCAGUGCACACAGAAGCUGGCUCAGUAUCCGAUGCUCCGAGAGGAGAUGGAGAGAAUCGUCACCCAGCACAUAAGAGACAGAGAGAGUCGCACCAAAGAACAGGUGUUUUUGCUGAUUGACAUUGAGUUGGCCUACAUGAACACAAACCAUGAAGACUUCAUCGGCUUUGCAAAUGCUCAGCAGAAGAGCUCUCAGAUGAACAAGAAGAAAGCAGCAGGAAACCAGGACGAGAUCAUGGUGAUCCGUAAAGGUUGGCUGACCAUCAACAACAUCAGCAUCAUGAAGGGCGGAGCUAAAGAGUACUGGUUCGUCCUGACGGCAGAGACACUGUCUUGGUACAAAGAUGACGAGGAGAAGGACAAGAAGUACAUGCUGCCUGUAGACAACCUGAAACUCAAAGACAUCGAGAAGAGCUUCAUGUCCAGCAAACACAUCUUCGCCCUGUUCCACAAUGAACACAGGAACGUGUACAAAGACUCCCGUCAGCUGGAGCUGGCCAGUGAGUCUCAGGAGGAGGUGGACAGCUGGAAGGCUUCUUUCCUACGCGCCGGAGUGUACCCUGAACGCACCGUGGAUAAAGAGAAGGUGGAGGCGGAGGAAGCGAGCGGCGACGGGCAGAUCCACAGUCUGGACCCUCAGCUGGAGAGACAGGUGGAGAUCGUUAGGAACCUGGUGGACUCGUACCUGUCCAUCAUCCACCGCACGGUCCGGGACCUGAUCCCCAAGACCAUCAUGCACCUGAUGGUCAACAACACGAAGGAGUUCAUCCACUCUGACCUGCUGGCUAAUCUUUACUCCUGCGGAGACCAGAACAGCCUGAUGGAGGAGUCCCAGGAACAGGCCCAGCACCGUGAUGAGAUGUUGAGGAUGUACCACGCCCUGCGUGAGGGUCUGAGCCUCAUUGGUGACAUCAGCACCUCCACCAUCAGCACGCCCAUGCCCCCCCCCGUCGACGACUCCUGGCUGCAGGUCACAGGGAUGCCAUCGGGACGCAGGUCUCCCAUGUCCAGUCCGACCCCCCAGCGUCGGGCCCCUCCUGGACCUCCCCGUCCCGGUGGACGAGCAGCCCCCGGACCUCCAUCUCGUCCCGCGGUGUCACCAGAUCCUGGAGCACCCAACGUGCCCUCCAGACCCAACAGAGCCCCCCCACCGGGAGUCCCCAGUCGUCCCAGUAAAGGUAGCCCCGCCCACGGAGAGAGCCCCCAGUCUUCUGUGGAGUAUUAACCUUUGACCCCGGCGGGUUUCUGUUUCUGUCAACUUCACUAUAAUCAGCUCAUCAUGACUGUACAGCAAACACUCAGCAAUAUUACAUGUUUGGUCCAGCUGUCUGUCUGCUCUCUGGAGAUUGAGACAGGUCCGCUGUCUGUCUGCUCUCUGGAGAGUGAGACAGGUCUGCUGUCUGUCUGCUCUCACGAGAGUGAGACAUGUCCUUCUCUCAGGAGAGUGAGACAGGUCCUGCUCUGAGGAGAGUGAGACAUGUCUUUCUGUCUGUAUAAAGUUCUGAGGAUCUCCAGACUGAUCUGUCUUUUAUUCUUAUUCAUGCUGAAAUGUUGCAUUGUUGAACUUUUCUUUACAGUGUAAAGUUUACAUAUAAUUUUAACUGAUGUAUUUAUUGAUCUAUUUAUUGAUUUAUUUACAAUGUGUGGUUCUUAUUGAAAUGUGAUGUAAUAUGAUGUUAUCUGUCAACUUGUUAAACAUGGACCCUGUUUUCUCAUGUUCUGGUGUCUGACUGGUCCAGUAUUAAUCAGUUAGAGUCACUAAAAGUUCUGUUGUUGCUGCUGACAGACUCAGAUUAUUAUUCUAAGUGUCUGACAACAUUAUGGGAUGGAUCCCUACAGAG